AACAAUUCUUAGCUACAGAUUGUUUGUAUAGAAAGGUGUAGAGACGCGCAAGCUUCUUAAGCAAACCGACGAUCUGUGCCUGAGGAUUGCCCCUGUCCUUGUUGCGAUCGUACGAAUUUGGCGCACAUAGUCUAUCAAUACUGAUAGAUCUGCAGGAUAUCAAUCAGAUAUACGAGUGCCGCACGGCAAAGCUCAGCCAGAAUGAUAGCCCCCAAAAAGGCAUCCUUCCAAGGAAACCCCUCGCACUUGAUGCCCUCCGAGCUCAUUGACAAGUGCAUAAACUCCAAGAUCUGGGUCAUCAUGAAGGGAGACAAGGAGCUACAGGGGACGCUGCGUGGCUUUGAUGUCUUUGUCAACAUGGUGCUGGAGGAUGUGGAGGAGUAUGAGAUGACAGCUGAGGGCUUGAGAGUGACGCACAUGGACCAGAUCCUGCUCAACGGCAACAACAUUGCCGUGCUAGUGCCAGGAGGCAAGCCAGAGGAGUCAUGAUGCAUUCUUGAUCAGGUGCAAGGCUUGCCCUUUAUAGCUGAUGACAUACUGAGGGAGAGACGGGGAGGGAGUGAACUUUCAGCAGCAAUGCCACACAGCGUGCAGGAGCAGCUGUAGAUACUUGCAUGGGGUCAUGCCAAGACAUGACCUGCAUACCUCUUGAAGCCCCUGCUGUAUUGAUGUAGGAUGCGCCCAUGCGUGUCUCUCGCGUGUGUUCAUGACCAAAGACUUUUGGCAUUAGAUCUAGAGCAUCAG